GAGAAUGUUAGAUGUAUCUUUUGAAAGUACCUCUCGAUACCUAACUCCGUAAAGAACGUGUGUAAUAACCACAUAACCACUUCAAGAUUUUGGACUUGUGACACAUAUAAUACCUGAUAUACAUUUCACGUUUUGUUUAGUAUAAAAAAGUGCUAUUGUUAAUAAAAAUUAAAAUAUUCCAAUGCAACGUGAUAAAACACAACAUUGUUUCAUUUUUCUGUUGUUUUCAUGAUUAAUUGAAUCAAUUAAAGAGAUUGGAAAAAUAUUUAAUUUAUAAAUUACAAAUUGUAAUUAAUAAAUUGCUCGAAAAGGAAAAAGAAAAUGUUUUACUUGCGAACUUGAUUGGUGGUACAUAUCGUAUAAAUUUCUUAAACAAACGUAGAAUGUUCAUACACGGAUGAAAUAAAAAGAGACAUCUAUAUUUUUUUUCUAUUUUAUAUCAAUUUUUAAGUGCAGAGAACGGAACGUCAAAGAGUGCUUUUUGAAUAAAAUCAAAUCGUUCGGUCGCUGAUCGAACAGCCAUCACCAUUUCGCAGGAUGGUGCAGCAAGAGGCGGUGGUAGUAAGGAACGCUGUGAAGAGUUAUGGAAAAGGACAACUGGUGCUCGACGGUCUAAAUAUGACGGUUUCACGGGGCUCCAUAUACGGACUGCUGGGGGCCAGUGGAUGCGGCAAGACCACGUUGCUGUCCUGCGUCGUCGGGGUUCGUCAUCUCGACAGCGGAGAGGUGUGGGUCUUGGGGGGAAAUCCGGGCGGCAAGGGCUCCGGAAUUCCUGGGCCUCAAGUGGGUUACAUGCCGCAGGAUAUCUCUUUGGUCGGGGAGUUCACCAUGAGCGGUGCCCUUUAUUACUUCGGCAGGAUCAACGGGCUUGACGAUGAGGAGAUCGAGACGAGACAGAGGUUCUUUUCGGAGUUGCUUCAACUACCCCCACCAGAUCGCAUGGUGAAGAAUAUGAGUGGAGGUCAACAAAGAAGGGUUUCCUUCGCCGCCGCAUUGAUUCACAGUCCCGAGCUUCUGAUUCUAGACGAACCCACUGUGGGCUUGGACCCAAUUUUGAGGGAGAACAUUUGGGCUUACCUGAUCGAGAUUACGCAAACGGAAGGCAUCACUGUGCUGAUCACAACGCAUUAUAUCGAGGAGACUAAAGACGCUAGUAAAAUCGGUUUGAUGAGAUGUGGUAAAUUGUUGGCGGAAUCGUCGCCGCAGAAAUUACUCGAACAAUUUCAAUGCUCGUUCUUGGAGGAGGCUUUCCUAAAACUAUGCGAGGCUCAGAAUGAUGCGAUCAUCUUGAAUAAGACUCAGCAAUCCAAGCCGGAAGAUACCGGCAGCGAGCUGAUGAAUCAAGACCAAAAUAAAUACGAACAAACAAAGGGAAUCUCGGAGUACAAAACGGUUUCGAGACGUAAAGUUUCGCGAUCGAAAAGGUUCAAAGCUUUACUGGCGAAGAACGGCGUCCAAUUUUUUCGUUAUUACACAGGACUAAUUUUCGCAAUAGUUUUCCCGAUACUUCAAGUCGCCGUAUUUCUUGGUGGAAUUGGUCAAGAUCCGAAGGACUUGAAGAUUGGGAUUGUCAACGAUGAAGCCAGCAACUGCGAUUACGGAAGUAACUUAGGCAAUAUUUGGAAUGAUGAAAUCACCUGCCACUUCGGCAACCUUAGCUGUAGGUUCUUGCACAAUUUUGACGACUCCAUUGCGAUAAAGAAAUAUUAUGACAAUGUUUUAGAGGCGAGUCAUGAUGUACAAAAUGGAGAACUCGUAGGUAUAAUACAUUUUAGUCAAAAUUUCUCCGAAGCUCUGCAAAUACGAGUGGAAAUUUCUAAUUUCGCGAAGGAUUCCGAUCUUCUCGCCAGUCAGAUUCAAGUUUUCCUCGAUAUGGGCGAUAGACAAAUUGGGCUCAUAACGCAGAAGAAACUAUUUGAUCAUUUUUUAGAGGUUUAUGAGGAUAUCAUGAGGGACUGCAAAUAUUCGCCAAAAUUGGGUACUCCGCCAAUCCGAUUUGAAGAUCCCAUUUAUGGUACAACAGACCUCAAUUAUGCAGAUUACAUGACACCACCAUAUAUACUAAUACUCGUAUUCUUUUUAGCCACUACAAUCUCCACCACCUUGAUAAUAACAGAGCGAUUGGAAGGCGUCUGGGAUCGAAGCGUAGUCCAAGGGGUCAGGACAGAAGAAAUCGUGUUGUCUCACAUCGUUAUUCAGAGCUUCAUCAUAAUCAUCCAUACCAUCAUGAUACUUCUCUUAUUCUUUCCUAUAUGGGGUUUGGAAUGUAAAGGAUCGAUAUUCGUCACAACUGUGCUUAUAUUUUUAAAUGGUUUUAGCGGACUGAUGUACGGUUUUAUCAUCUCUGUUGCGUGUAAAAAUCACACUAUGGCGCAUUACUGUUCGGCCGGAAGUUUUUUCCCGUUAAUAAUACUCAACGGAGCCUUGUGGCCAUUGGAAGGAAUGCCAAAAAUGCUUCGCUGGUUGAGCUACGCAUUACCAACUACAUUGUCUUCCGUAUCUCUGAGAGGACUUAUCUAUAAAGGAUCUUCCAUAACUGAUUCGGAAGUUUACUUUGGCUUCUUAAUAACUUUAGGAUGGAUAUUGUUGUAUCUCAUCGUGACCUUACUUGGUGUAAGAUCGAAAUCUUCGUGAUAUUAUUUAGAAACGUAGAAGGAAUUUCUUUUGAUACAAUACAAAAACAGUCUCGCAUAAUCUAUAGAAUUUAGUUAGAUUUAAAUAUGCAGAGUGUCUCUCCAAAACACUAAUUUAUGUACAAAAAAUAUAUAUAAUUAUUUUAUUCAUUUAAAUGGCUAUGUGAGAAAUUAAUUGCUGCAAAGGAAUAAAUUUCCUAAUAAUAAUA